CAGAUACAUAAAAAAUAAAAUUCGAAGCACAUAAGUACUCUUUUUCAUACAAUUGUUUGAUACACAAUACCAUUGUUUUGUUUGAAAGUGUUCAUAAAAGUUGUUGCAAAUGGGAAAAAAGAAUAAACGAAAGGGUCACCCAAAACCACAUUAUGGUGGAAAACCACUUUGGCAACUGUUGGAGAAUUUACCAAACCAUGGCGUUGGCCGGCUAAUAGUUCGUGGCUCCUUUCAGCAGGAUGAAGAACAUCCUAGUUAUAUGCGUAUACUAACUGUUGAUAUGACAUCAAAAUCAAUAAAACAUCCCGACAAUCCAAAAAAUGUAAACAAAAUAAGAAUCCCCGUUACUGUGGAAAAAGUAUGGCGGGGAGUAAUUUCCCCUAGACCUUGUAAUAUCCAAAGUACCAGCUACUUACCAGAUUACAUACUUAUUCCUGAAGCAGAAGAAGAGAAGUUCGUGCGUAACGCGAAGACUGCAAGUGAAUGUAACCAUGUAUAUUGGACAGCUGGUCAAAAGAAAAGGAUUAGAGAGCGCAUAGAGCAAGGAAUGUCGCCAGAAGAAGCUAAACAACGGGAGAAAGAAAGAAUAGCCUUGCAAGAAGCUGAAGCUGGAGGAUCAACCAGCAAUGGAUCUUUUAAUCAAAACCAAUGUAGCAUCGAAGAUAAUUUUGAUGAGGAUGAUGAGUCUUUUGACUAUCAAAAUUUUCCUGAAAGGCAGGUUCAGAAAAAUUCAGCAUCUGCUAAUAAAAUAGGACAUGGACCAAGUCAUGGUUCAAAGAGAAGUUGGCCUCAAAAGAGUAAUAAAGUAAGCGCGAAAUUAAGAAAACAAUAAAUGAAUAGAGAAAUUUAAAGGCUUUUUCAUCAGAUACAUACUUAUAUACAUAUGUAUUAAUUAUUGUUUUAUCAUGGUUAGAUAAAAAUCUUAAUUUCUAAUCUUAACGAUUUGCCGAACUACAUAUAUCUAUACUUGCAUCUGUAUUAAUUAUUUCAUGCAAAGAAUAAAUAAACAUAAAAUUGAAUUAAAAUAAUUUAA